ACCCAAAAGGUCAAAGUGGUCACACUCCCCAUAGCACAGUUGGUAUCUAAAGGCUCCUCCUAAGACUUUAUAAGACUUCUGAUCAACGUUGUUUAGAAACAUGGAAAUGGACGACGACGGGAAAGCCUACAAGGUAGGAUCCCCAGGUGGUUCGGUGUUGUGGAAGGUGGCCACGGGAGUGUUGUUGGCGGUGUGUAUCGCUCUCGCGGUCGCCCUUGCCGUGGUGGUGUUAGGGGACGUGAAGCCGUGUGGAGCGGGCAUGACGGCGGUGACCGUGCUGGACGGGCCCCCGGGAGUGUUCGACGAUCUCACGGCGGCGGAAAUCAAGGCGGCCCGGGACUACCUGUUGGGCGUCACGCCGCUGGAUAUCACGCCGGUACAAGUGGCGACUUUUUAUGACAACUACAUCUACCUUGUCGAGCUUCAUCUUCCACCCAAGGCUGAAGCGCUCGCGUACCUGGACAACAACGGCCCCCGGCCGGAGAGACAAGCCCUAGUGACGGUGUACGGCGGCGGCAGGACGCAGCCCGUGGUGGAACAGUACGUGGUCGGGCCCCUGCCCAACCCAACCCGCCACACGACAUACGCGCCGCCCGGUAGGAAGAACCCCAUCCCGUGGCACAGCCGAAGCCCUGACAGCAUGGAAAGAUCGUUAACGGACGCGGCACUGAAGCAGGCAACACGGGAUAUCAACAACAUUCUAGCGGAAAGUUUUGACGGGUUCAAACAUGACGACUGUGGUAAACUCUGUCUGAUUCCUCUGGAGUCAGUACCGCGAGGCUAUGAGAGUGGUGAGCGGAUGACAUGGUAUCGCUUCCAUAGGGCCAUGGAAGGGUUUUUCCUCCACCCGAUUCCCUUUGCGGUGGAGCUCAAUCACUCAGAUAUAGACCACACCCGAUGGAAGGUGGGCCAAGUCGAAUAUAACGAUCAGUAUUUCGCAUCAAUCGCCGACUUCGUGCAAAGCUACAACGACGGAAGCGCGCAAAAAGUCCGGGUUCCUACUCCAACAGGUAAUGCGGCGAUGUACUCAUCCCUCCGGCAGCACGGAACGCCCGCACACCCGUCGGAACCUCUUCGGGGCCCGGAGCUGAUCGAGCCCGACGGCAGGCGCUACAAGGUGACGGGGCGCCACGUCGAGUACAUGGGCUGGAGUUUCGACUGGCGGCUCGCCACCAGCAGCGGUCCGCACCUCUUCGACGUGCGUAUGAACGGAGAGCGGAUUCUGUACGAACUGGCUCUGAAGGAGAUUGCUACCUGGUACUCCGGAACGGACCCGGUCACGACCGCAAAGUUCGUCGACUGCGGGUUACCAGCCGGAGGAUACUUCGAACUCGCCAGAGGCAUCGACUGCCCGACGACUGCGACUUUCUUCGACACUGUUCACAUGAUGGACAGGGCGGACCCCGUGAUCUACAAAAACUCCGUCUGCGUGUUCGAACUGAACACUGGGAUACCUCUCCGCCGCCAUUACGAGUCCAAUUUCUACGACGGGCAAUCUUUCUACGGAGGACUGGUCGACAACGCCUUGGUGCUACGCACUAUCCAAACAAUUGGCAACUACGACCUCCUGUAUGACUUCAUUUUCCAUCAAAACGGGGUGUUGGAAGUUAAGGCCAGUCUAAACGGCUAUGUAUGGACUAGCUACUAUCAAGCCAGCCAGGCCCCGUAUGGGUACCCUACAUGGGGUGGCUCUAUAGCAAAUGUCCAUCAACAUUUCUUCAACUUCAAAGUGGACCUCGACGUUGGAGGGACCGAAAACAGGUUUGAGACGGUGGACAUUAUACUGGACAACGUCACCCUCCCCUUCCGGCCCAACGUGCGUCACUUCCUGACGCGGUUCGAACGUAACCAGAAAACCAGGGAGACGGAAGACACUGUCCAGUACGACUUCACAAAGCCCAAAUACUACAACUUUUACAGCGACAACAACAAGAACCGCUUCAAUGCUCACCGUGGGUACCGUAUCCAGCUAAACGGGAUAGCCAAGAAUCUUCUCCCAAAAGACGGCGCGACUGCCGUCAACGGCGCGGCGUGGAUGGACUACCAGGUGGCCGUCACCCGUCGGAAGGACUCCGAGCCCAGCAGCUCCUCCAUCUUCAACCAGAACGACCUGUACGACCCCGUGGUCAACUUCCAGUCCUUCAUCGACGACGACGAGAACAUCGUGGACGAGGACCUGGUGGCGUGGGUCACCCUGGCGGCGCACCACCUCCCCCACUCCGAGGACUACCCCGUCACCGCCACGGCAGGGAACCAGCUGCAGUUCUUCAUCCGACCCUUCCACUUCUACGACGAGGACCCGUCCAUGGCGUCGUCCAACGCCGUCUGGAUCGGGCGGAGUCCCGGCUCGCCCGAGAAUUACGUAGAGAGGUACGGUACGCCCGAGGUUUCCACCUGCGAGCCAAAACACACCCCCAUGAAUUAUGACGGCAGGUGGCAUAACGCAUGAUAAUCUAUCCCAUAUGUACUCCAUCCCAUGGCCAGGAGCGCUUUUGGGAUAGAAGCACAUCUGGGAUACAAACCUAUCCCAGGUAUAUAACACAUGAUGUGUUUCAAGAAUUGCAAAAUGUGGAUGAGAGUUGUUUUUACACACUUUUCUUUGAAGGAGUAGAGGACCAUAUAUAUUAUAGACCACGUAUGUGUUCUGACUUCAGGCCAUAGCAAGUGAUUUCCAUGGAUGACAUCCAGUCUACAGAAUGCAAAAAUAAUGUCAAAAAACUCAUGACUUCCAUGGUGGUGCAGCUUUAUAAUUAUCCCACUAGUUUCGCUUUUACAACUUCAGUCAUGGCUACCUUGCUAGUGGCACUUCUUCAAGUACAAUUGGGCUACAAGACAACAUAUUUACCAUUUUUCGCCAUGUUAACCAUCUAUGAAGAAUAAAACUUUUUCUAAAAUCGGACAAAAAAUAAGGAGCUGAUGUCAUCCAUAAAAUUUACUUGCUGUGGCCUAUUACUUCUUAAUUAUUCCACUAUUGUAAACGUAAUUAUUCGAAAAUUAUGACUUGGUUUUCCUUCCGUUCUUUAUGUUUAUGGUUAUGUUUAAUAGGACAUUCCAUUUGUGAAACAACAAUAUAAUGUUUAUUAAUCUUCCUGGAGUAUACAAAAACACAAUACAAUCACAUACUCAAUAAUUACAAAUACGAACAGUAACAACUUGAAUUACGAUUAACUAGCAAUAGACAAAAAUUUUAAUGACUUACUUAUAUUUAUAAUUAUAAAAGCUAUAAAAAACUAAUGAAAUUAAAAGCAGUCGAGGGGUCAGAGUACUUAUAUCUGCACCAUGUGUAUUUACCACAAUGUGUCAAAACUGUGUUUUUACUUUUUGUCCAUAGCUAGCUUGAUAUUUUCUAAAAGUAUGUAUCAGAUAUCAAUAUCACGUGAGAAGGUAAGGCGUCCUAUAUUUUUAUUUUGUGCUCCUAUAGACAAAUGUUCAGGUUUUACCUUUCCUUCAGAGUUUUGCUUGAGUUGACGCCCCUUUUUUUUGACAGUCUCGAGUGGUAUGUAUGUGUAGAUUUAAUUGUUGCAAUUCUUUGAGGAUACACUUAGUAAGUCUAAUUAAGUACCUAUAUGUAGUAUAAUGAAUAUUUUUUCCGUCCUAGCUGUUGUUGUUUACUCUCCUUUGUACAUGGGUUACCAACAAAUAAUACUUUUGGAGCAUUUAAUACUUUUCUCAAGCAACUGGAUAUGAAUUUCCAAAACCAUAAUAUGCAGUCGCUUGAGUAACUACUGUAGAAUAACUUC